AUGGCUUUGAUGUUGGUCAAGUUUGAUCUGAAGAAGCGAGUGAAGCUUGCCCAGACGGUCUGGUUCAUGUACUGGUUUGCUGUAAUGGCUGGCGUGCUGGUUUUCAGCAUGGGCCUGUUCUUUAAGAUCGAGCUGCGAAAGCGCUCAGAACUUAUGGACAACAAUGAGAGCCACUUCUUGCCCAACCUGCUUAUAUUUAUGGGUCUAAUAGCCUGUGGGAUCAACGCCUUUGGGGGCAAAGUCUGCUACGAUUCGUUGGACCCUAGCAAGUUUGUAAAGUGGAAGUCUUUGUUGAAGACCUUCUUGGUGGUCUGCAUGGUGUUUAACGCGCUGCUGCUUGUGACGGCCCUACUGUGUUUCCUGAUGAGAAUCCCUCUGCAGUUCACCCUGUCUGAGGGGCUGAGGAACGGCAUGAAGUACUACAAGGACACAGAUACACCGGGGCGCUGCUACAUGAAGAGGACCCUGGACCUGAUGCAGAUGGAGUUUCGUUGCUGCGGAAAUGACAACUACAGAGAUUGGUUUGAGAUCCAGUGGGUUAGCAACCGCUACCUGGACUUCAGCUCAAAGGAAGUCAAAGACCGCAUUGGGAGCAACGUGGAUGGCCAGUAUCUAAUGGAUGGAGUCCCAUUCAGCUGCUGCAACCCCAGCUCCCCCAGACCCUGCAUCCAGUUCCAGAUGACCAACAACUCUGCCCACUACAGCUACGACCACUACACAGAGGAGCUCAAUGUGUGGAAGCCCGGCUGCCGUGAAGCCCUGCUGUCCUACUAUGGAGGCCUGAUGAACACCAUUGGAGCCAUGGUGGUGCUGGUCACUAUGCUUGAGGUUGCUGUGACAAUAGGCCUACAGUAUGUGCACAGCUCCCUGUCCACGCUGGCUAACCCGGAGGACCCGGAGAGUGAGAGCGAGGGCUGGAUCCUGGAGAAGACGGUGAAGGAGACGUUCACCGACAUCAUGGCCAACAUGAAGGCCAUGGGCAAAGGCAGCAAGGUGGAGGAGGGGGGUGAGGCAGCAGUUGCCACAGUGAGCUGAGCUUACACCUCCGGCAAAAACUGACACCACUCACACCUGAAGAGAAGAGGAAGUGGACGUGUGAGAUAACCAUGUUUUUCUACCAACAUUUAUUAUGUAGACACACACACACGCACACACACAUAUUUGGCUGUGAACUCCUAUUACGCGGACUCCUUGUAAAUGGACUCCUUACAAAUGGACUCCUUGCAUAAAUAAUUAUUAACUUUAUAUUCAUACAUAGAGAGA